CUCACCACCUCCACCCACCCCCUCUCCCUCUCUCAGAUUUGCUUAGAAUCUCAAAAUAUACAGUUUCUCCCUGAGGUCAUCAAUGACUUGCUUUAAGGCCUCCAAGAAGGCUAAGAUCAAUGAACUGGUAGAGGUAGAGGAUAGAGAGAUGAAAGCAGGAAAAGAAGAUUACACUCUUGACGGAACUGUGGAUCUACACGGCCGACCUGCAAUCCGAGCAAGAACAGGACGAUGGGCUGCAGGAAUCCUCUUACUCGUGAAUCAAGGGCUGGCUACACUGGCUUUCUUCGGAGUUGGGGUGAACUUGGUGUUGUUCUUGACCAGAGUGUUGCAACAGGACAACGCAGAUGCAGCAAACAACGUUAGCAAAUGGACUGGAACCGUUUACAUCUUCUCUCUCGUGGGUGCAUUCCUUAGUGACUCCUACUGGGGAAGAUAUAAGACCUGUGCCAUCUUCCAACUUAUCUUUGUCAUAGGCUUGGCAUCAUUAUCAUUGUCAUCAUAUCUCUUCUUGGUAAAGCCAAGUGGUUGUGGAAAUGAGCAGAAGCCAUGUGGAUCCCACUCCAACUUCCAAAUUGGCUUAUUUUAUCUAUCCAUCUACCUGAUUGCUCUAGGAAAUGGAGGGUAUCAACCUAAUAUUGCCACCUUUGGGGCAGAUCAAUUUGAUGAAGGAGAUCCCAAGGAAGGACACUCUAAGGUUGCAUUCUUUAGUUAUUUCUACUUGGCCUUGAACCUUGGCUCCCUUUUCUCAAAUACCAUACUGGGGUAUUUUGAGGAUGAAGGAAUGUGGGCCUUGGGGUUUUGGGCUUCAACUGGCUCUGCCUUUGUAGCUCUAGUCUUGUUUCUGGUUGGGACCCCAGGGUAUAGGCACUUCAAGCCAAGUGGAAACCCUCUCUCUAGGUUCUGCCAUGUGGUUGUUGCAGCAACAAAGAAAUUGAGGGCUGAGUUUCCACCAAGUGGAGAUAAUCUAUAUGAAGUAGAUGGGAAGGAAUGUGCAAUCACUGGGGGUAGAAAGAUACUCCAUACUGAAGGAUUCAGAUUUUUGGACAGAGCAGCAAUUAUUACAUCAAAGGAUACUACCCCACAUAACAAAGGCUGUCACAGUCCAUGGAAUCUAUGCACAAUAACUCAAGUUGAAGAAGUGAAAUGCAUACUGAGACUUCUCCCCAUUUGGCUAUGCACAAUACUCUACUCAGUGGUCUUCACUCAAAUGGCUUCUCUCUUUGUCGAACAAGGCGCAGCUAUGAAGACUACCAUUUCAAAUUUCCGGAUCCCUCCCGCAAGCAUGUCUAGCUUUGACAUUUUAAGUGUUGCAGCUUUCAUAUUCAUUUACAGGCGAAUUCUUGAUCCAUUUGUUAGCACACUAAAAAAGGCUUCUGGUAAAGGGCUUACAGAGCUGCAGAGGAUGGGUGUUGGGCUAAUUAUAGCAAUAAUUGCAAUGGUUUCUGCAGGAAUUGUGGAGUGUUAUAGGCUAAAGUAUGCAAAGCAAGAUUGCAAACACUGUGAAGGCUCAAGUUCUUUGAGCAUCUUCUGGCAAAUCCCCCAGUAUGUGCUUAUAGGAGCCUCUGAGGUGUUCAUGUAUGUGGGCCAAUUAGAGUUCUUCAAUGGGCAGGCACCUGAUGGAUUGAAAAGUUUUGGCAGUGCACUCUGUAUGACAUCUAUUUCACUUGGGAACUAUGUGAGUAGCUUACUUGUGACCAUGGUCAUGAAGAUCUCUACUGAAGAUAAUAUGCCAGGAUGGAUUCCAGGAAAUCUUAACAAGGGUCAUCUAGACAGGUUUUACUUCCUCUUAGCAGUUUUGACCACUCUGGACUUUCUUGUAUAUGUGGCAUGUGCUAAGUGGUACAAGUAUAUGAAGCUGGAGGAUAAGUGUGUUAAUAUGGGUGAUGAAGAUGAGAAUGACCAAAUCUGGAGUGUCUAGUUUCAAGGAUUUCAAAUAUUAUUUCACUGUCAAAGACAAAUUACUUGACUGAUUAAAUAAAAGGGAGUUGGAGACCUUGUACUUAAUUUUAGGAACUGUAAUUACCCAAAAAAAAAACACGUUCACUCGGCUACUUGUACACACAUUUUCACCCCAACCCUACUUAGCCCAAGCAAUCUAAUUGAGAAUAAAGAUGACCUCGGUGGCUAAAGUGAUUAGGAAUGGGAGAUAUGAGCAGCAGUGAUUAAGGUUCUUCUGUUUUCCUCCCCAUUGUACACAUGUUUCCCUUGCUAAGCCUAAUGGGUAUAUGUUUGUGUGGAUUUUUAA